AUGACUUCAAAUUAUGAACGAUUUGAAUUCGAUUCUGUCCCAGAAAAACAAUUGCCCUCGCAAAACAAAGUUUCCACAUGGAACACGUUCAAACACCACAUUCCUCGUAUUCUGAUUACGGCUUUCAUCGAUAUGUUCGUGCCACUUAUAAUUUAUUUUCUUCUUAAAAAUCGGAUUCCGUCCGUGUACGCUCUUUUACUCGCUGGUGCUCCGCCUUUCUUCAUGGUUAUAUACAAAGCUAUCCAGGAAAGUUCGUUUGAUGCAAUCGGCUUUCUUGUCUGUGCUGCGUUUUUACUCGCAGCUGUGUCUGCCGUAUUCUUCGAUGAUCCUUACAUACUCUUAUUUGAAAAGUCAUUUGUCACUGGCAUAGGAGUAGUAGCAUUUUCCAUUACAUUGAUUCCAUUCCGAUGUCACUAUUCCAGUAAAUAUCAAUGGCGACCAUUAGUGUAUUAUUUCUAUCACGAUUUAAUACCAGUAAAUCGAACGGAAUUCGGAUUACCCGAUAGUGCGUUUGAUGACGACCAAUACACAGAGCGUACGGAACUCAGAAAUGAAAUGGCAAGCAAAGGAAUAUCUCGUGCAGGAGAAGCCCGUUUAGUUUAUGCAUGGCUGUACGAGCAUUGCUCAUCGUUCCGUAUUUCAUGUUAUUUCAUGACAUCCGUCUGGGCGGUAGCCUUUUUGAGCGACUUUAUCAUCCGAUUUGCUCUCUAUGCUGCUAACGCAUCAAUAAACACGAUAUACUGA